AUGGCUCCAAAUCUGGGGCCAAAUGCUUCGCUCGGCUACACUCCGUUUGAGUAUUGGAAGGGUCCAAAACCCGUUCUUCCCAGACCAAAGCGCAAAUCUCGAGCCGUCGCCCUCGAUCUCGAGCCGCUGCUCCCCACCCCCACGCUGGCCGAGAAGCCCAGUGCAGCCGCGAGAUGGCCCGGCCAGCGUCCUCCUGCAGGUGUCUUCGUGGCACAGCCAGGCACAUAUGGUGUCUCGCCCAAUAACAACAACGGCAGCACACCAUUUUCCGAGAUACUCGUCGUGCCGCCCAAGGUGCUGGUCCACCCACUUUUCCGUGAUGAGAUAAAGACCCCGGAAUGGCCCAGGGCUUUCUCUCCGUACCCGGGUUCCAUGAACGACUCUGACUGCAACGGCACCAUGGACGACUACGGAUUCCCCAACGAGCGCCUCGCGCAGAAGACGGCGUGGUGGAACCCGAAAGGCUGGACGAAACGCAUCUGGGCCGGCCUCGCCGCCGUCGUCGUGGUCAUCAUUGUCAUUGCCGUCGCCGUCACCGUCACGCAGAACAACAAGAACCGGUACCCCGAUUACUCUAAGCUGUCGUACAAGCUGAGUGACACAUACUCUGGAGAGAACUUCUUUGACAAGUUUGACUACUUCAACACAUACGACCCAACGGGCGGAAUGGUUCACUACGUCGCCGCGGAGGAGGCGGCAAGCAGGAACCUCACCUACGCCACAUCCGAUACGGCCGUUCUGAGGGUCGACCACACCACCGGCAACACGUCGACGCCCGAUGCUUCGACCGGUCGCUUCUCGGUCCGCGUCGAGUCCAAGACGCAGUACGACAAGGGCCUCUUCAUCUUUGACGUCAAGCACACGCCCUACGGCUGCGCGAGCUGGCCGGCGCUGUGGUUCUCGGACCCCAACAACUGGCCCGACGCGGGCGAGAUCGACGUCAUGGAGGCCAUCAAUCAGGGCACCGACGGCAACCAGAUGACACUGCACACGACUUCGGGCUGCGACAUGGACGUCAAGCGUAAGCAGACGGGCACGGCGUUGCAGUCGGACUGCAAGAACUCGACCAACGGCAACGCCGGCUGCGGUGUAGAGGGCUCUGUGUCGACGUACGGCACCAACUUCAACGACGGCGGCGGCGGCUACAUGGCCAUGGAGUGGCGCGACGAGGGAAUCCGCGUGUGGCAGUUCGCUCGCAGCUCCGUGCCCUCCGACAUCACCAACCAGUCGCCCGACCCGAGCGGCUGGGGCAACGCCAUGGCCGACUUCCCCAACACGGCCUGCGACAUGAGCUCGCACUUCAAGAAUCAGUCGCUCAUCAUCAACAUCGACGUGUGCGGCUCCCUCGUCGAGGCAAAGUACGCCGACUCGGGGUGUGGCGGCUCCAGCUGCUCCGACUUCCAGGCCAACAACCCGGACGCCUUCAAGACGGCAUACUGGGAGUUUGGCGCGUUCCACUUCUACACGGCGUCGUAG